GCCUGAAGAGCACGGCUCGUAAUUUUGAACAGACGCAGCGCAGCCAAACAGCCGACGCUGCGGAGCAUCGAUGCUGCCUUCCAAAAACACAUCGGUUGAAUAAAUCCUUCCCCUGAGUAAUGGAUGUAUUUACGUCUCGUCAUAUCGGCUGAAGGGAGAACUUUAGCGCUGUGCCGAACAUGAGCUCUCGUGUUAUCACGCCUGGACCCUACCGGGCCACGAAGCUGUGGAAUGAGGUGACUCGAUUGUUUCGGGCCGGCAUGCCCCUGAGGAAACACCGGCAGAACUUCCGGCACUACUCCUCCUGCUUCGCCGCCUCCGCCGCCGUGGAGUGGAUGCACCAGCUGCUGCGUAGCAACAGCAACUUUGGCCCGGAUGUCACCAGGCAGCAGACGGUGCAGCUCCUGAAGAAGUUUCUGAAGAACCACGUGAUCGAAGACGUGAAGGGCCGCUGGGGCUCGGAGGAUCUGGAGGACAACAAUGUGCUGUACAGAUUUCCUUCCACUUCUCCUUUGAAGUCCAUCCCGUGUCCGGCUUCAGGCUCGGCCCCUGGCUCGAUUAAGAAAAGGCCUUCAUUCAGGGACAAGGACAGUUUCUUCAGGUUUAGAAACCUCAAGAAGCAGCAUGAGGACGAGGCUGAGGAAAAUGUAGACCCUGCCCCCCAAGGAGGAGGAGAGAAUCAUCCAAUAGGAGAGCAGCAGGUACCAAGGCGAGAGCUCACGGAGGAGGAUGAACAGGAGAUCUGGAGAGACAUCACCCUGACCCACCUGCAGAGGAUUCUGGGCGUUGCAUCUCUGGAUGAGGUUUUAGACCACCGUCGCAUAAACCCACAGAACAUUAUCCAUAAUAUGACCAAUGUCAACAAGCACGGAGUGGUGACGCUGGACGACAAAACCAAUGACCUUCCACACUGGGUUUUGUCUGCCAUGAAGAGCCUGGCUAACUGGCCGAAGUACGACAGCGCCCAGCCCUCCUAUCCGGGCUUUGAGAGGGACGUCUUCAAAACGGUGUCCGAUUACUUCUACAGCCUCCCGCAGCCGGUGCUCACCUACGAGCUGUAUGAACUGUUCAUCAACGUCCUGGUGUUUUGCGGCUACGUUGCGGCGCCCGCCACACACCCGCGCGGGAAACGCAAGAAGUCCGAUCUCCCCUCGGCCCCUCCUCCAGCCAAGACCUCUUUCCGCUCCACGGAGUGUCUGCUCCUGUCGCUGCUCAGGCAGGGGACGUGUGACGAGGCCGAGUCGCCGAUGGGGGAGGUGCUCGGUGGGAAGCUUCAGUCCCGGCUGGCGGCGCUGAACGGAGGCGGCGGUCAGCUCGGAGGCAGCUGCACGAGUCUGAGCGCAGUCGGGCUCGCGAGGCCUCAAGCCAGGAGUUGCUCCCUGGAAACGAUCCUCGACGACUCGGCCCCCCUCACCAGGCAGCAGCUGUUCCUGUCCAAUGACAGCCUGCCAUCCUGAGCCUACGGCAGGGGGAGCCGCGAUGACGGCCCUGCCGUGGCAACGCCCCGCGCUCACGCCGACUUGGCAUCGGUUUCCAAAGCAACCGCCUCCACGUGGGAAAAUGCUCCAUCAGGUACAACCAGUAGCAGACUUCCUGUAGCCGGUGCGGCGGCGGUGGCGCACCGAUCUCGCUCCUCUCAGCCGCGCAGCCUCGGCAGCUGUCUGGACAUUGUCAUGGAAACCAGGGAGGAGGAGGUCAAGGACUCCAAGUUUCCGGGCCGAGCAACCAGCUGCCUCAACGUGAGCACUCCCGCGGACCAGCUUCACUCCGCCGCUUGGCGUGCUCCCUCGCUGUCCCGCCAUCUUCCCUACUCCUCCUAUCAUCUUUUCCCCUCCGCCUCUUCGUCCGCCUUGGACAAAGCGCUCGGCUCUCACGCCACUGCAGGCCCCAGUGGGCCCGGAGCCGCCUCCAGCACCUGCAGUCUUUCGACGCUCCCCCCAGCCGCCGUCGUCCGGCGCUGCCUCAGCUCGCUGGACGUGUCGAAGCCGCCUCGACCCAUCUCACUGUUCAAACCGCCUGUGUGUGUGCGCAGCAGCAUCUCCCUGCACCCCCCACCCAAACCCGAGCACAGCCUGCUUCAGUCUCACUGCGAGCGCGUGGCUAUUGAGGCCCUGCAGCUCUGCACCCUCCUCCUCCCCCCCAGCUCCCGCAGGAAGUUGCAGCUCCUCAUGAGGAUGAUGUCACGCAUCAGCCAAAACGUGGACAUGCCCCGCCUCCACCCGGCCAUCGGCACUCGAACGCUGAUGAUUCACACUUUUUCCGGCUGUGUCCUGGGCAGCGCGGUGGAGUGUGAUUUGGACGAGCUGUUGGCUACCAGACUGAUUUCCUUUCUAAUGGACCAUCAACAGAGCAUCCUCUCUGUCCCAGAGUACCUGCUCAGUGCGAUCAAUGACCACAUCCAGUACCUGCGCGCUGUGCAGGUCCCGAUUGAUGGCGUUUCCAAUGUCGAUGGCGGCGAUCCGGUUUGCGCUCCAAUGCCCAUGUACGCCUUCUGCCGUCAGAUCAGCGGCGCAGAGUUUGAACAGCAAAAGCUGGAGUCUUCCCAGAAGGCCAUGGAGGAGUUGCUGGAGAUGCUGCUUACGAACCAAAAAAUGGGUGAGAAGGACCGACGCAAGAAACUGAAGCAGUUUCAGAAACAGUACCCAGACAUCUACAGCCGUCGGUUCCCCCCCAGCGACGGGGAAAAGAUGUCCGACAAGCCAAAGAUUAAACCUCCCCUCUUCAACAUCAGGAAGACCAAAGCGUUCAGCAUCAGAAACUAGACUAACCGUACAGGUUGCCACCAUGCAAGCCACUGUUAACACUGCACUGGUACGAGGACGUUUGGAGAGAACUUUUUCUUGUUACAUUGGAAUUUUUGCUUUUCCUGUUGUCUCUUUUAUGUAGUAAUUUGAAAGGUUAUGUCGUCUGGAAGAUGUGUGUGUGUGUGUGUGUGUGUGCUAGAGACUCCAGCGCUUGUUGGAGAGGUUUGCAUUGAUGACCUUUGAUGGAGCAUGUUUUUUCAUUGAAUUUUCUUUACACGUUCCCUAUUGUGCGUAUGCACAGACGGCAUUUUGGGAGAAGAAAAAAAGGCCCUUUUUUAGAUCACUGGUCAUUAUGGGAGUUAUUUAGAUUUGAGAUUUCUUAAUUUAUAUUACUGAUGGCAAUGGGAGCCGUGAUAGAUGGGUAGUUCCUUGAGGUAUUUCUUGUCCAGUUCAUUUUUAUGAACUUUAUAUCAUAAAAUCUCAGUGCUGAUCCUUAAAAAACAGUUUUUCUUUUUCUUUUUUGUGUGGGUUGUCCACAGAACAGGUAGUUUAUUUCCAGUACAUGUGAUUGACAACUCAAUUAUUUUCAAACACAGAAAUAUAUUUGCACAAUCUAAGCAUUUAAAUUGCCAGUUAGCUUUUGCCAGUAAUCAAAGUAGUUAAUUUAUAUGUAUUUAAUGUCAGCCUCCCCACCGAAGAUUCACCAGACAGCUGUCACAUUUUGGGUAAACGUUUGCUCAUGCUUACAACUACAACCUCAUAAAGUGUUUGAACGGCUCCAGCAUGAAUCAUUUGAAAUCAGUGGCUGUUUGCUGCCCCGUUUGCCUGUAAUGAAAGAAGCUGUUUUGGGAUCACGUCCAUUCAUUUCCCUGAUGGCUGCUAGCAGGUAUUCAGUAAAUACACAACCCAUACUAUUCCUACUAAGUGUCAGAAGUAACAAGUUUGGCUUAGAUUUCACGGCUUCGUUUGUAUCUUAAAUGAAGUAUUAUGUUCUUCCCUGAGCCGUUUUUACCUCGGACCACAUGGUGUUUGAGUGUAACCAUGUGAGCACUCUGCAGUGUUUUUUUAACCUUUUACAGAGAGGUGUUAUGUUGUUCUGUCCCACAGUUCUACUCUGCCUCCACAUUGUUUACUAUGCAAAGUCCUGGGAAAUAAAUCUGUAAAGUUGUGGUAUUUAUA